AUGGUUUGUGAACAUUUUGGACAACCUGAAGCAACUAAAAGCAAAGAUCAAAAAAAAAAAACUACAACCAAACGUGUUGGAUAUACGUGGCAAAUAAAUCUGUCGUGCCCUGAAAAAAAAAAUCCUAACAAAGUCAUAUACAUUUCAAAAUUAAUCAACAAGCACCAAAAUCAUGAACUUGACCAAGCACGUUAUAACUUUCAGGAAAAUCAAAUUCGUAAAGCUCUUGAGGAGAAAUACUAUGUAAAAGUCUAUAUGCCAGUACUACGGCAAGUAAUUCAACAGUUUCAUCCAAAAUCAUGUGACCAGGCAAAUAAUGCCAGCAAAUUGUAUGAGGAAUUGUUAAACAAGAAAGAAGCUGAUCCCCGAUGGUAU